GUGGAUUGAACCUUAGAUUACGAACAAUUCGGUAUGAUUGGGAAAUGUCUUCAAUUCUUGGCUUCCUAAUGUAACCGUACCAUCAAUUUGCCCGCCAUGGCAUGGCAUAUGGCAUAUACUAUAGCACGCCAUUGCCAUAUGUAAGGGGUCGUAUACUUACUACUACGCUGUUGUUUAUUAAUUUACUCGCGUUCCCCCCUUCACGGAGCGACAGGAAUCACUCGUUCGUUCUUCACCUUCAAUUGGCGAAGGGGAGAAUAAGGAAAAGCAACAUUCCCCGUUCCCGUGUAAGCCUCCGAGCAUUCUCAACCAUGCGCUCUCUCCUCGUCCUCUUCGCCACGGCCGCUACGGCCAAGGUGAUGGAUAGUCUCCCCGCGGUUCCUAAGGGCUGGGCCGAAUUGCGCCAAGCCUCGCCAGACGAUUCUGUCACCUUGCGCGUUGGUCUCCCGCAGCAACACGCCACCGCGUUGGAGCAGGCCGUGCUGGAGAUCUCGACACCCGGACACCCAAAUUAUGGUCUGCACAUGUCGCGUGACCAAGUCCGAGCUUACACGGCGCCGACGGAGCAAUCGGUUUCGUCCGUGGUGAGUUGGCUGUCCGAGAGCGGCGUUAAGUCGUCGGUGAACAACGAUUGGAUCACCUUCACCACCAACGUGAAGACGGCAAAUGAUCUGCUGAAAGCGAAUUUCGCCUGGUACCAAUACGAGAAGGGUGGAAGUCCCAAGUUACGGACAUUGUCAUACAGCGUUCCCGACGAGCUUGCCGGAAACAUUGACCUGAUUCAACCGACCACUAGGUUUGGCCAGCUCGGUGCGAAGAGGUCGACCAUUUUCGAGAUGCAAGUCCUCGGAGACGAAGACGAAGCCGCCAUCAAGGCAAAUGUCGCCAUUGAUGCCGCUGACUGCAACACCGCGCGAAUUACGCCGGCCUGCUUGAAGUCGUUGUACAACGUCAAGUACACCGCGUCCCCCGAGGGCAACUUGGUUGCUUUCGCCUCGUACCUGGAGGAGUAUGCCCGAUACUCUGACCUUCAAUCGUUCGAGUCGCAAUACUUGACAGAGGCUAGCGGCCAAAACUUUACCGUUCAGCUGAUUAACGGAGGUCUGAACGACCAAAGCAGCAGUGACGACAGUGGAGAGGCCAACCUUGACGUACAAUAUAUACUGGCCAUGGGCAGCCCCGUCCCGAUCCUUGAAUAUAGCACCGGUGGUCGCGGACCUCUUGUUCCCACCACUGACGAACCUGGUCCGUCGUACAACGAGCCUUACUUAGAAUUCUUGACGUAUCUCCUUGAUCAGGAAGAUUCGGCUCUGCCGCAGACGCUCUCCACUUCCUACGGAGAGGAGGAGCAGUCGGUGCCGGCAGACUACGCCCUUAAGAUCUGCAACAUGUUCAUGCAGCUCGGCGCUCGCGGCGUCAGCGUUCUGUUCUCGUCUGGUGACUCUGGUCCCGGCGAUUCGUGCAUUAGGGAAUCCGACCAAGCUCCUUACUUCCAGCCGUCUUUCCCUGCUGGCUGCCCCUACGUCACCUCCGUUGGCGCUACCUACAACGUUGCGCCCGAGCAGGCCGUUAGCUUCUCGAGCGGUGGUUUCAGCUCCCUCCACGCACAGCCAGCAUGGCAGGCCGACGCCGUUGACGCGUACCUGAAAUCGAUCGGCAACACCUACUCGGCCUACUUCAACGCUUCCAACAGAGGUUUCCCCGACGUUGCGGCGCAAGGAAGCCGGUUCGCGGUCAUCGACAAGGGAAGGUCCUCCCUGCUAUCCGGUACUAGCGCCUCGAGUCCCGUCUUCGCCGGUGUGGUAGCUCUCCUGAACGCCGCUCGGAAGAGCCAGGGACAGCCGCCGUUGGGAUUCCUCAACCCGUGGCUGUACAACAACAGCGCUGCCCUGACCGACAUAACGUCCGGCUACGGAAGUGGAUGCACAGGUAACUCUGCCUUCCCGAACGGCGCGAGGUGGAACGCGACCGCAGGCUGGGAUCCCGUUACGGGUUUGGGAACUCCCGACUUCGAGAAGUUGCUCGCCGCUGCUGCACCGGGAGUGGAAAAUGCGUAGAAUUCGCAAGACAUAAUUAAAUAGUAGGAAAGCUUGACGAUAAUCUAAAAAGCUAUGUAAAUAUGUAAAUAUGUAUUUAUAAUCUAGCUUCUUUUAUUCCGCAAAAUUUACGGUAAAAUCACGGCUGGUAGGCAAUCAAGAAAUCCUUGAGGAAGAAAGGAUCCAAAAGAGUGACUGGCGGGACAGGAGUGACCCCCACUCAAGACCAUUUUCCUUGCAUCCACCAAACCCUUCUCGCCGUCAACCUCACAUGAUAUAUGAUAUGUGAUAGCUCGAGCAACAUGCAAGGGAAUCACGUGAGAGAAGGGCACGAUGAAGGCAUAGGUACGGAUGCUUCCUCUAUCACGAACGCCGAGC